AUGACUAAAACAGCAAAAUUCUCGGUCUCUGAGAUCCCACGCCUCGAUGGUUAUGUGAUUAUCGUCACUGGGGGGAAUUCGGGCAUCGGAUUUGAAACGACUACUCAGCUAGCUCGUCGAGGAGCCCGUGUCUACAUCGCAGCGCGCUCGGAAAGUCGAGUCCAGUCAGCCAUCAAAAAGCUAGAAGCAGGACCUGAUAAGGUGGACGUUCGAUUCCUCAAACUGGAUCUACAAGACCUCCAAAGCAUUAAGACGACGGUAUCGGAUUUCUUGCAGAAGGAAAACAGAUUGGAUAUUCUGCUCAAUAAUGCAGGGAUCAUGGCAACACCUUACGAACUGACCAAAGAUGGCUACGAGGCGCAGUGGCAGACCUGUUUCCUCGGACACCACGCCCUGACACUCGGUCUUAUCCCUCUCCUCAAAUCCACCGCUGCACAGAACCCAAGCGUCAAGGACCGCGUUAGAAUCGUCAAUGUCUCGAGCGAUAUGGCUUUCCACUUGGGCCCCAAGACCAUCAACUAUGCCGAUCCAAAUUUGUCAGACUUGACUGGCGGUUUGGCAUUAGUGAAACGCUACAGCCACUGCAAACAAGCCAGCAUCAUAGCUGCGAAAGCCCUCAACGACCGAUACCAAGACCAAGGCAUCACGGCCUACUCCCUGCACCCAGGGGUGAUCAGGACGAAUCUUCAAACAGCUGGUGCUAGUGCGUCGUGGUUCGGUGCGUUGACCAAGUUUGGUAUGAUGAUCACAUCACCCAUGAGUGUCCAUGACGGGGCUUUGACAUCUUUGUUCUGUGCGACGAGUCCUCAAGCGGCGAAAAACCCGGGCUGGUUCUAUUCACCUAUCGCUAAACUAGACCACAGAGCCGAUAAAUGGUUGAACAACCCAGAAGCCAUGAGAAAAUUGUGGGAGUUGGCAAACACUCAGCUGAAAUUCAAUGGCUUCGAACUCAAUUGGUAGUUUCCAAGUCGAAUGAUUCACCAAGGGGUCACAGGCAUGGGAAUGGCAUGGUUAUGGUACCUCUGGAUCGGGAGUUGGGACAAGCUAUCAGAUAUUCACACUCUAGCGAUCUGAUCUGCGAUCUGAAAAUUAGCGUGUGAUUUCAUUAUUCAUUCAUUUUGUUCGAUACCCG